UGGCCAAUGGGCUGCCAGGCAAGAUCGAAUGUCACUAUAACAUGAGGACGUGAGCUGAGCGGGCAGUGCCUGAGCCCGUCCUGUCCACAGGGAGCUCCAGCCCUUCUCUCCAGACUCAGCCACAGAGACAGCCCCACCACCAUGUCGGACGAGGAAGUUGAACAGGUCGAGGAGCAGUACGAGGAAGAAGAGGAAGCCCAGGAGGAAGAAGUCCAUGAACCAGUCCAUGAACCAGAGGAGGUCCAAGAAGAGGAGAAGCCAAGACCCAGACUCACUGCUCCUAAGAUCCCGGAAGGGGAGAAAGUAGACUUUGAUGACAUCCAGAAGAAGCGCCAGAACAAGGACCUCAUGGAGCUACAGGCUCUCAUCGACAGCCACUUUGAAGCGCGGAAGAAGGAGGAAGAGGAGCUGAUUGCCCUCAAGGAGCGGAUUGAGAAGCGCCGUGCAGAGAGGGCCGAGCAGCAGAGAAUCCGCGCCGAGAAGGAAAGGGAGCGUCAGAACAGACUGGCGGAAGAGAAAGCCCGCAGGGAGGAGGAGGAUGCCAAGAGGAGAGCAGAGGAUGACUUGAAGAAGAAGAAGGCCCUGUCCUCCAUGGGCGCCAAUUACAGCAGCUACCUGGCCAAGGCCGACCAGAAGAGAGGCAAGAAGCAGACUGCCCGGGAGAUGAAGAAGAAGGUUCUGGCAGAGAGACGCAAGCCGCUCAACAUUGACCACCUCAGCGAGGACAAGCUGAGGGACAAGGCCAAGGAGCUCUGGGAGACCCUCUACCAACUGGAGAUGGACAAGUUCGAGUUUGGGGAGAAACUGAAGCGCCAGAAAUACGAUAUUACCAACCUCAGGAGCCGCAUCGAUCAGGCCCAGAAGCAUAGCAAGAAGGCCGGAGCCCCGGCCAAGGGCAAAGUCGGAGGGCGCUGGAAGUGAAGCAGCCGCAGAGGUCCCCAGAGGCAGAGACCCUUGGCCCGUGCAGCCCGCCCCCGAGCACCCCCCGUGUCUCUGUCCUGGCCGCCCCCAUCGCCCGGGGUCUGUGAAUAAAGCUGGCAGAC